GAACUAUAGAAGGCCUAUGGGAAAGUGGUUCGUCGCUAGUUAGAGGAACGAGAGAAAUGGAAGCGCUGAGGGCAUCCUACGGCGCCGACUCCGAAGGGUCGGACGCAGAUGAUUCACCUGCUGCCGAAUCGAUGAGCAGCAGAAAUGGCGCCAAAAUCAACUCACGCGAGGUGCGUCAACAGCUGCAUCCUCUGCCGGUGUCCUUGCCGCCGCCGCCACUCGACCUCCUUCAAACACCCGAUCUUCCUGAUUUUUCAUCAACUACUCAAGGAAGCCGCAUCAGAAGCUUCCCUCAUGUUGAAGGAAAUUAUGCACUUCAUGUUUACAUCCCAGUUCUCAUACCAACACCAAUUAGGACGCAACUAUCCAUUUUUAUAAAACAAAUUGCAUCUCUAGUUCCUGGACUUUGUGCUGUUGAUUGUGACUUCCCUAUUGCUGAGUUAUGCAAAGACAAUGCAAAACUAGAGCAAAUUCUCUUAGGAAGAGAAUUCCAUAUUAGCUUGGGAAGAACAGUUCCUAUUCAAGCACAUCAAAUUGAGUCUAUUGUGGCUAUGCUUCGUCAAAGGUUCCAAUCACAGAGAAGGUACUUUAUAGAUUUCAAUAAGUGGGAUGUCUUUGUCAAUGAUGAGCAAACACGCUCUUUCCUUGCGCUUGAAGUUAUGGGUGCUGGUCUUUCAGAGAUAUCCAAGCAGAUUCGACUUGUAGACGUGAUAUAUAGAUUACAUGGUCUCCCUGAGUUUUAUAAGAACCCACGGCCCCACAUAUCCUUGCUAUGGGGUUUAGGAGACACAAGCGGCAUGCUAAACCAAGCGGUUGAAAACAUUGAAAGAUCCUACAAGAAUUCAAGCCUGCCGUGUCGGCAUAUCUUUACUUGCAAGAUCAACGGCAUUGAAUGUAGAAUAGCUUCUAUGAGCGCAUUCAUCUUCGUACGAGCGGGCGUAGCGUGAAUCAUUCAAUUCUCAAGAGACGAAUCUUGUCAGGCACGGGCCGGUCCAGGUUUCAUGUACGACGACUGUCGCUUUGCAUCACGAGAAUUAAAUUUCAUCAAAUGACCUUUGUCA